AUGCAAAUUUUUGUGAAAACACUUACAGGAAAAACGAUUACUUUGGAGGUGGAGUCGUCAGACACAAUUGACAAUGUCAAAAGCAAGAUUCAAGAUAAAGAAGGGAUUCCACCGGAUCAGCAACGGCUAAUCUUUGCUGGAAAGCAGUUGGAGGAUGGAAGAACACUUUCUGAUUACAAUAUCCAGAAAGAAUCGACUCUUCACCUUGUAUUGCGGCUCCGUGGUGGCAUCAUUGAGCCCUCACUCAAAACACUUGCAUCAAAGUACAAUUGCGAAAAGAUGAUCUGCCGGAAAUGCUAUGCACGUCUUCCACCACGAGCAACAAACUGUAGGAAACGAUCAUGUGGACAUUCAAGUCAGCUUCGACCAAAAAAGAAACUUAAAUAA